UAGAUACACGCGGCAAUUGACAGCAAGUACGAUGCCUCCACAUGUUGACAGAAACAGCUAAAUAUUAAAUUGGGAUAAAGUUCCAUGUGACUUUCGGCUGUCACAGAGUCAACCAUUUCGGGGUGGUCCUCUGUGCCAAGGGUCCAAACAAGGUGUGGUAGCAUAGCUUGGUGGUGAAGCACGUGGGCUCUGAAGUCAGACCUAGUUUGAAUCCUGGCUCUAGCAUCCAGCUGUGUGACCUUGGAUAAGCUCCUUAACCUCUCUGUUUUUGGUUUGAUCGUCUGUAAGUCAGGGAUAUUAAAAUAGUACCUACUUCCUAGCUUUGCAGUGAAGAUCAGGUGAGUGGGUACGUGUGGCGUGCUGAGAGCCACAGUGCCUGUGCUGAGUUACUGUGUCCCAGCAUGAAGCGAUCGGUAGUUUUCAUGGACGUGUCUGAUUCCUGGGUAGGGUGAGGCAGUGAGAGAGGCACCCACCUAGGUUCUAACCAAGUGGUGUCAGGGGCUGCCCAGCGUCACACACAUAGUAGCUUUCAGGCUAUGAUUAAAAAGAAAAAUAAACCGUCUCUUUGCGGGGUAAAAACAGCCUGCGAAGAAAGCCUGCAGCAGGUGCUGGUUCUGCAGGCGCGAAGCUGCCUCCAGGCCCUGUUUGCUGCCGUGGCCCGGAGGAAACAGUGGUGUUUGGGUCCUCCGAGGGUCAGGGUCGGAUCCUUGACACCGUCAAGGGUCUGCUGUGCAAGCCGGGCACACAGCCCAGGAUGUAUACGUGCAGACCGCGAUUAGCUCAGGUUUGCCAGCAGAGGCUUCAGGGAGAAGAAGUGCAAUUAAGAGCACCUACUGUGUACAUAUAUACAUUGGCAUACAUUAGUCCAAGGAGAAGGAAGGUGCGUUGGGGCAGGAAGCUGCGGGAGCAGAGUAGGAAAAGCACCAGGCCUAGUUUUAUAGGGUGGGGUUGCUGGGGUUGGCAGGAGGACCUAGGCAGUGGUACAGGGGAGAUCUUUGGUCAAGGAUGUGGCCUUGUUCUGGAAUUGAAAGGCCAACAGAGCAUCACAGCCAUUGCUAGCCCCCAGUGGUGCCAGUUAGUAAAAGGUGUCUCUGAGGUCACCAGUGAGGAAGAAGUCACCCCUUUUGGGGAGGGAACAAACACCCUUCCUCUGGGUUAGGAGCAGCCUUGUACCAGGGCAUAUGGCUUGGCCAGCAGAACUUGGGCUGGAUUUCAGUCCUCACUGAUGCCCUCUAGGCCAGGUACUCUUGUACAGUGAACAACCUGUACAACCGUACAUGAUAGCCCUGGAAGCCACUUUAGGCUCUUGAGCAAGACAAGGCCAAGAAGAGAGCGGAAUUGGCAGUGCCAAGAGGUGUCUGUCCACAGGGGCCCCAAGGUUCCCCCAAUUUUCAUUUGGUCCCCCAGAGAUGAGGGCUGGGAUGCUCUUUUCUCCGUGGCUACCCUGUGGCUGUGCCUCCUCACUGUCUGUGUUUUCCUCUCUGGCGGGACUUGGGGCGGCCCCUAGGUGUCCAGCCACAUACAGGUUCUAGCUCGGAAGAAGGUGCGCGAGUACCAGGUUGGCAUCAAGGUACGUCGGGUGCCGGACUGGGGCCUCCAGCCUCUGCCGGGCCCCUUACCCACGGCGCCUCCAGCACUGUCCGUGCGCGGCUCAGGCCCCUGCCUCGGCCGUUCCUCCGGCCCACUGUGCCUCCUUUCUGGCUGCAGCUCCGCUCUGGCAUCUCCUCCGCUCUCCGCUCUUGUUCUCUUCCUUUCUCUCCCCACAGGUCUCUAGCCACUUGCAGGUUCUAGCCAGGCGGAAAUCCCGGGAGAUUCAGUCCAAGCUGAAGGCCAUGAACCUGGACCAGGUCUCCAAGGACAAAGCCCUCCAGAGCAUGGCGUCCAUGUCCUCCGCCCAGAUCGUCUCCGCCAGCGUCCUGCAGAACAAGUUCAGCCCACCCUCCCCCCUGCCCCAAGCCGUCUUCUCCACUUCCUCGCGGCAGUUCUGGAGCAGCCCUGCUCUCCUGGGACAGCAGCCUGGACCCUCUCAGGACAUCAAGCCCUUUGCACAGCCAGCCUACCCCGUCCAGCCGCCCCUGCCGCCGACGCUCGGCAGUUACGAGCCCCUGGCCCCGCUCCCCCCAGCUGCUGCCUCUGUGCCCGUGUGGCAGGACCGCACCAUUGCCUCCUCCCGGCUGCGGCUCCUCGAGUACUCAGCCUUCAUGGAGGUGCAGCGCGACCCUGACACGUACAGCAAACACCUGUUUGUACACAUCGGCCAGACGAACCCCGCCUUCUCGGACCCGCCCUUGGAGGCAGUUGACGUGCGCCAGAUCUACGACAAGUUCCCUGAGAAAAAGGGGGGACUGAAAGAGCUCUAUGAGAAGGGGCCCCCGAAUGCCUUCUUCCUCGUCAAGUUCUGGGCCGACCUCAACAGCACCAUCCAGGAGGGCCCGGGAGCCUUCUAUGGGGUCAGCUCCCAGUACAGCUCUGCCGACAGCAUGACCAUCAGCGUCUCCACCAAGGUGUGCUCCUUCGGCAAGCAGGUGGUGGAGAAGGUGGAGACGGAGUACGCCAGGCUGGAGAACGGGCGCUUCGUGUACCGGAUCCACCGCUCGCCCAUGUGCGAGUACAUGAUCAACUUCAUCCACAAGCUGAAACACCUGCCCGAGAAGUACAUGAUGAACAGUGUCCUGGAGAACUUCACUAUCCUGCAGGUGGUCACAAGCCGGGACUCCCAGGAGACAUUGCUUGUCAUUGCUUUUGUCUUCGAAGUCUCCACCAGCGAGCAUGGGGCUCAGCACCACGUCUACAAGCUUGUCAAAGACUAGGGUGCCCUCUGACCCCUCACAAGGAUGCAGGACGAGCAUCUCCUCCGCAUACCUGCCUGGCACCCCCAGCGGACCAGGAUUGAGGACUCAUCCACCUGUCAGGCCUCAGGCCCAGGACCCAGGAGGCCUCCCCACUCCCCCAGCACACACACUCCCUGCCACUGUUCUGCGCUUUAAUCGUGGGAGAAGAGAGAGCUUGGCAGUGGGGCAGCCUGUCUGGGGCGCUGACCCACCAUCGCCCAGCUCUGCCCAGCCUCCAGUGACCUCAGAGAGGUGGGGAUGGAGGACACCUUCAGGCUCUGGCAUGUGUGGCCACUGACCCCCCAGGGCAGUGUGGUGGGCAGGCGAGGGUAGAGUGGAGACGGAGGAGUCGACGUGCAGAGGCCCGGGGGAAGGAGAGUGUCAAGUCGGGGUUAGGCUGAGGAAAGAGAGGAGCCCCCACUUCCUUGCUCCUUCUACAUGCCAGGCCUGGUGCCAAGGCUCCUUGCAUGGCUUGUGCCGUCCUCAGACCCUACAAAGCAGGCAUGGGCUUCCGUGUUUCAGAUGAAGUGCUGAGACUCCAAGAAGCUGAGGCACCCACAGGAGGGGUGGGCAGAGCUGAGCUCUCGUGCAGGGCUGCCUGUCCCCAGAGCCCAGGUUUACACUACCUCCCUGGAGCAGGGUGGGGGAGGGGCGCCUCCUUGGGGGCCUGGACACAGCACGUUCUCCCAGAGUACCCUGCGCGGGGGAGCACCUGUUUCUGACCAGGCAGGAAGGGGAAAGUGCAGCCGCUACUAGGCACCUGUUAGCACCCCCAUCAGCCCGCAAGCCAGCCAUUGGCCCCAGGAGCCUCCAGGCACCCCUCCAAGCUGCCCUGGCCCAGAUCAGGUGCCCAAGCGCCCCAGCACCCUCCAGAGGCAGGCCCAGGCUGAGAAACAGAAUUGAGGGCCAGGGAGAGGAAGAUGCAGUCCCGGCCUCCUGGCAUACCGGAGACCAGGGGGGAGACCAGGGGAGGAGGGCUAGCAGGCGGCUUUGGUAUUUUCUCUUGCCCGAGACGUGGGUUUGACAAAACCUCGGUGGGCACUGCCCCCUUCUGUUCUUCCCCACCUCAGUCUCCCUGCCCUGGAGCAGCCACUCGCAGGCCCAGUUCUUGGACCGAAGGUGAACCCUUCCCCUGCACCCAGGCCCCCGAGGGCCAGCCAGGCCUGUCCGGCAGCAGCCCUGGGUAUUCAUGGGUUUCGUAUGAAGUACUGUGCCCUUCCCUUCCGCAGCCCCGGUCCUGCCUGAACUUCCUGACGGUCCUCACAGUUUGCAUAUCGCUCAGGCCACCUCCAGACCCCACCUAGGUUUUAUAAUGUAUAUUAUAUAUAUUUUUGUGUAUUUUUUAAAUCCAGCUAUGAUGGGUUGUAUCAUAAAUGCAGCUUGGGGCUGGGGCGGAGGCCCUCAAGGCCCUACGCCUGCUCAAAAAAAAAAAAAAAAUUAAAGUUAUUUGUUUGUGGGCCAG